ACUGUAUGGGGAUGAAUCCGAACUGCAUUUCUGGACUAUUGCUGCCCACUAUUUGCACAGUUUAUCCCAGGAAAAGCCUGCAAAACCAGCAGACAUAGCUAUCCUUCAGGAACAGCUGGUUAAUCCCUUGGAUAUAUGCUAUGACAUACUGUGUGAAAAUUGCUACUUCCAGAAAUUCCAACUUGAAAGGGUGAAUCUCCAGGAAGUGAAGAGAUCAACGUAUGAUCAUACCAGGAAAUGUGCUGAUCAGCUUCUUCUCUUGGGCCAGACUGACAGAGCAGUACAGCUGUUGUUAGAAACAAGUUCAGAGAAUGCACAUUAUUACUGCGAUUCCCUCAAAGCUUGCUUGGUCACGACUGUCACCUCGUCAGGUCCAUCUCAAAGUACCAUUAAACUGGUAGCAACCAACAUGAUAGCCAAUGGAAAGCUCGCAGAGGGUGUGCAGUUGCUGUGUCUGAUUGAUAAGGCUGCUGAUGCCUGUCGCUACUUGCAAACUUACGGUGAAUGGAAUCGCGCAGCAUGGCUUGCAAAGGUUCGUUUGAACUCGGAGGAGUGUGCAGAUGUGUUAAAGCGUUGGGUUGAUCACCUCUGCUCUCCACAAGUCAACCAGAAGUCCAAAGCCAUUCUUGUCCUCUUGUCGCUUGGAUGCUUUACAAAAGUUGCGGAGAUGUUGCACAG